AUGGGAGUACAUCUUAUAUGUUUUGUUUGUGUCGAAGAAUUAGCUUCUCCUGGUGGGCCUGUUCGCCGGACUUUAAAAUAUAACAAAUCUCGCAUAUCGCUAGUUAUAGAUGAUCUAUCCCAAGUGAUUAUUCGAAUAAAACCAACAAAUUCUUCUCAGAAAAGCAUUGGAUAUAAAGUUUCUGAUCCGAGGUUUUUUACAAAAUUCGUCCAUGAAGGCAAGUCAACAAUAUCUCUUCCAUGUGCAAAUAUAAUAUUGAGAGACUGUCCUCAGGAUACGCUUAAGUUAUUUCUUAGAAACGUUAAAAGUCAGUGGAUGCGUUCAAGAAAUGUUAAACAUAAACGUGCUGAUCUAUGCAAGAAGAACACUUCUCUUUCUCUCCUUGAAGAAGUCAAUCCGAUGAAUAUGAGCUCUCCUGCCCAAAAGACUCUAAGUUCUGUCAAGAUGAAGACAAGUCCAAAUUUCACGGUGUCACCCAUUUCGAAACCUAAUCUCAAAACGGCGAAGAGAAAAUCAGAGGUUCUGAGUUCAACACCAAUUCGAGAAGGAGAGGCGACCAAGAAGCCUAGAUACAACUUAAAGUCGAACACAUUUUCUCAUGUUUUAAUGGAUUGGCAAAAUGAAUGCGUGGAUGAAAAUGGCAUUUCAGAGCAGAAUCGGGUUAUCGAGUUAGUUAAAUCUGGAAUUAACGUCUAUUGCACUGGUGGAGCAGGUACCGGGAAAUCUCACCUCCUCAGAAAACUUGUCGGCGUACUCCCACCAUCUGAAACCGCAGUAAUGGCCACCACAGGUGUAGCGGCGUCUUUAAUCGGUGGUACUACCGUUCACGCCUUCUCGGGUGUCGGCCAUCUGCUCGACAGGGACGACUUGGAGGAUCUCUCGCCCAAUUGGUUGGAGAUCACUACAAAGAGAAUCGUCUCCGAUCCACGUAUCACGUCUCGUUGGAAAACUGUUCAGCGUAUUAUCAUCGACGAGGUCUCCAUGUUGAGCUGUCGUGCAUUCACCCGACUGGAAGCUGUGGCUAGAAUUGCACGGGAAAAGUGGGAGGAGAAGAUCCCGUUUGGUGGGGUGCAAGUUGUGGCAUUUGGUGACUUCUUCCAGCUGCCCCCGGUAUCGACGCAAUCUGCGAUAAACAUUGUUAAGAAGAAAUUUGCCUUCCAGUCUUCCGUGUGGCGAGCCUGCCAUUUUACUUGUGUCGAAUUGAAAACAUCCUGGCGACAGUCAGGUGAUUCCAAAUUCUCAAAACUCCUCAAUGAAAUUCGUCUUGGACAGUCGCCUCGUUGGGUUAUCGAGACUCUCAGGUCUCGCGUUUUUCCCGAGAGUAAAGAUGUGGAAAAUGGGAAGAUUCCCUCGAUCACCACACGUCUUUGCACUCAUCGCCGCGAUGCCGAGAAGUAUAAUAAUGAAAAUAUCAUACUUCUUUUUCUCAUAGGUGCCAUAAAAGUAUUUGAGGCUAGGGAUAUUGGACCCCAGCAUUUGAUUUCCGAGUCUUUCAGCAACAUUCCUAGCAAAAUUGAACUCAAGGUUGGCGCUCAAGUAAUGCUUCUACGAAACCUUGACGUUACUCGCGGUCUUGUUAACGGGGCACGGGGUGUUAUAGAGAGCUUUACAGCACCAUCUGAAGGUGGUUUUCCAGUUGUACGGUUCUUCAAUUCCAAAACUAUCUCAACUUCUGUGAUUAUUCAUCGAGAGCGUUGGACGCUAAACACAUUUCAAGCUGGAGCUGGAUCGAAGGAGAUCCGAGUGGCUCGUCUUCAACUCCCUCUCUGUUUGGCCUGGGCUAUUUCUAUUCACAAGAGCCAAGGAAUUACUCUUGAUAGCGUUGAAGUUGAUUUGACUAAAGUUUUUGAGCAUGGUCAAGCCUACGUAGCUCUCUCUCGUUGUCAAAGUCUUGCAGGACUGCGGUUGCUGAGUUGGCGAUCGGAUUUUAUCCGAGUGGACAGCCGAGUGAUCGAUUUCUAUAAUGAAAUGAGAGCGAAAUCGAAAGGACUCCUAGCUGAUUUUGAGAUGUGCUGUUCUUGA